AUGGAUCUUCUUUUGUUUGGUUAUGGUAAUAGCAACUGUGCUGAUGAAAUAUUCACAUGUGCAUCGCUGGUGUCUCUCGCCCUUGGUGGUGGUCGUGUUCCUUCCCUCCCUGUCCUCUGUCAUCCAAACUCUUGUAAAAUAUGGACAGGCAGACGUUGUAGAGGUGCAGGCACAAUACGCAGGGCCGGUAUGCUAAAGGGCACUGCAAAUAUAGUGGUUUUCCACAACGGUGAGGUCGUACGAAAUACGUAUGAGGGUGUGAGUUUUGCGUUUGAGAAUAUGUUUUUGUUUGUCGUUCUGUGCACUAUAAUGUUUGCGGAACUACAGUAUGGGCUUUGUCAAAGCAUAGAGGCUGAUAUUGUAAAGAGGGUGACCAACAUUCUCUACAGGAGUCUGGUUGUCGUAUUUGGCGACUUGAUACAGUUUGAGGUUAUGCCAAUCAUCGACGAAAUAAGUAUUCAGCGGAUAUUUUGUAUUCACCAAGAAACUCAUGUGCAACACCCGAGGAUUGAGUUAUACGUUGAGUUUGAGCAUAUUAUUGUAGAUGUGGUUCAAGAUGACCCAGAUGUGCAAGAUGACAGAGUUGAGGCAUGCUUGGGAAUGUACGAUGAUAGUGAUGAGGAGUUCGAAGCUACGUACGAAACCGGUGAUAAGGAUGAGGACGGCAACGGGGGAAGUGAGGCAGUGCUGGAAACUUUAGUGGUUCCAGCCGCAGUUAGUCAACUGAUGGACGUUCCACCCUUUAUCCGUAGCUUGGAUCUUGAUGCCAUGUAUGCACCGGAGUUUUCAAAAUAUGCAAACAUAGGUGUUGCUGAUCUUGAGGAUGGGGAGUUUAGGAUCGGAAUGGAAUACGGUUCAAGAAAAUCAGUCAUUGAGACAAUUCAGAGUUACGUUAUCUCCAGAGGAGUUGAUUACGUUGUUUAUGAAUCCGAGCCACAGACAUUCUAUGCAAAGUGCAAGACUUACGGACGUGGGUGUGACUGGCUUAUCCAAGCUAGCUUGAUACAGAAGAAAGCCUGUUGGAAGAUUCGGAGAUACAACGGGAGGCACACAUGUUCCAUGGGAACGAUCUCACAGGAUCACCCCAAGUUAGACUCGGAUACGAUUGUUGAGGCUAUGAAGCCAUUGGUUGAAUCCGACCCAUCCAUAAAGGUCAAAUUUAUAAUUGUAGAGGUCCAGGCAAGAUUCAACUACACUAUUAGUUACCGGAAUACUUGGCCGGCAAAGAAGAAGUCGAUAGCCAAGGUUUUCGGUGGAUAG